AUGUCUGCUGACGAAAUACCAGAUGAUGUUAUCAUCCCACCUCCAGCAAUUAAGGAAAUCAUACUGAAAACAGCCACUUAUGUUCAUAGAAAUGGUAAAGAGUUUGAAACCAAGAUACGAGAAAAUGAAUCGAAUAACAAUAAAUUCACAUUUGUCAAUGAAAAUGAUCCUUAUAACAAAUAUUAUAACUUUGUUCUUGAUAAUAUAGAGACAUUCAUUGAGGUUUCUGGUGAAAAUGGGAGUGCUGAUGCUGAAGAACAACACGAGGAUGAACAAGUUGAACCACCAUUGGAAUUGGAUUUCUUGGUUGAAUUACCACCAAUUACUUCAAAGGAUUUGGAAAUCAUAAAACUUACAGCGUUAUUUGUUGCCAAGAAUGGUGAGAAUUAUAUUAAUCAGAUUAAAAACAAAUAUAAAGAUCAAACUGCCCAAUUUAGUUUUCUCAAUGAUAGUCAUUCAUUCCAUCAAUUGUUUUUAAGUUUUUUGAAACAAUAUAGAAAAUUGAUCAAUUCAAAAGAAGAUAUAGACUUAGAUCAUGAUGUUCUUGAAGAAUCAUAUAAAAGAGCUAAAUUUAAUGAAUUAAACAAGAUUAAUACUGUUAAAUCAAAAGAACUUGAAGAAGCUAAGAAAUUAAAAUAUGCAUCAAUUGAUUGGCAAGAUUUCAUAGUUGUGGAAACUAUAAACAUAACAGAUAUUGAUUCUCAUACUGAAUUCCCAUUACCUUUAACCAUAGCAGAUCUACAAUAUAGAUCAUUAGAACAAAAAUCUCAAGAUAUUUCAAUACCAUCAGUAACACCAAUAGCAGAUACAAAAGAAACUAGUGCUAAACCAAUGAAGAUUAGAUCGUAUGGUGAAACAAGAUUAAAACGUGGUCAACAAUCUCAAGGUGAAAAACUUGUUGAAUGUCCAAUAACAGGUAAAUUAAUACCUGAAUCUAAUUUUGAAAGACAUAUGCAAAUUCUAUUAAGAGAUCCAAAAUAUAAACAAGAAAAGUUGAAUUAUGAAUCCAAGAUCAAAAAUUCCAAUUUAUCAACAAGUGAAGUUGUUAAUAAUAUUAAGAAUUUAUUCAAACCUAAAAAUAAUGGUGAUCGUGAAAAUUCUACAAAGAGACAAAAAGUUCAAUGGGAUGGGUAUCAAUCAAGUGUUAAUUUCGUUAAACAAACAAAUCAUAAUGAUGGGUUAAGUAAUGAUGAAGUUGAAGAGUUGAAAAGAAAACGUCAAGAGUUGGAGAAUAAGAUUGGUCCAAGUAGACAAUAA